AUGAAACGAAUAAUGAGAGAAGACAUCGAUCCAUGUCUGUUUGCAGAUGCAUCUGGGACUUCAUGGUGGCGAUCUUCUUGGUUUCGAAAGAAGCUCAUUGACAAUAUCGCUACCGGUCGCUGCGAGAUACAGCAGUGGCGAGCUGACAAGGAGCCUAGCAUGACCGCCACUUCAAUACCAUCGCCGAGAAUGAGUCAAAGGGCGUCCCAGUUCCUUUCAUCAAGACACUUACCACCCAAAACCAAGUGCGCUAGCUGCGGUCGAACCAGAGUUUGCGAAUUUAGAAUGCGAUUGCAACCUAGCUAUUCCGUUGCCGACCCUUCCCAAACGUCAAGUUUACCGUGGCUCCCGAUUGACAGAUUUUGUCGAGAUCGUUUAGUGGCUGUUUGUGACUUUUACGGAUUCUUCUCAUAUCUCAAGCAAGGACUCAUGCUAAACGUUCCUGUGCUCAGUCUAUUCAAACAAUGCAUGCAACACUUGAGAAAAAUGGCUGUGGCUAGAGUCGGUAGUAUUGGCUUAUUUGAGCCAGAUCGGAUCAAAGAAAUAGAGCGUCCAUCACGGAAAAAUCGAGAAAGCAUCGUUUUGGAUCAUGCCGGAAGUGACUCUGGCAGUUCUGUAAGUAUCAGCGAGCUAACCGGCAUUGCUGGUCCACGGCAGAUAGUGAUCGUACAUUAA